CGCACAGGAGCGAGCCGCAAAAGGGGGAAAAAAGCGCGGUGAAGCACGAGCUGGGGUCCAGGGCUCUUGGCCCUGGCAGGCUGGACUUGGACGCUGGGGUAGCGUAGGCGGCUGUCAGGACGUGUCGGCGUUAGGCCACCUAGGGCUCGGCUCCCCGACUCGCCCAGGUUCGGGAGCCCCAUUCUGCCUGUUUGUGGCUGGGGACCUACCCGGUUCAAAGGCUUGCGGGAGGACUGCGACGGGAGGUGGGCGGAGCUCGCCAGACCGACCGCCGAUUGGCUGCCUCGCUUUCCUUUCCGCCUUCCUGGUCUUGGAGUCCAAGCGUUUGGAGACCCCCGACCCAGAGGGUGCGCUCUUCUCCGACAGUGAGCAUUUUCUCGCCCAAACGAGUUGGAGCUCUCCAUCAGCACGUUUCUGGAGAGUGUUUGAGUUUAUAUUUCUUUUUGUGUUGGUGGAAGAUGUUGGCAUCUAUAUUUGCUUCUACAUGAGUGUUUUGCUGGCAAUUUAAAUGACUUUCUCUGAGAAACGUUCUGUUUUCUCCUUCAGGUGCUCAUAUCCUAAUUUUCCAUGACAGAUCUUGAUGACACUAUAUGCAAAAGAUACAUGAAGAUGAUUACAAACAUAGUAAUAUUGAGCUUGAUCAUUUGCAUUUCCUUGGCUUUCUGGAUUAUGUCAAUGACUGCAAGCACCUAUUAUGGUAACUUACGGCCUAUUUCUCCCUGGCGUUGGCUGUUUUCAGUUGUUGUUCCUGUUUUGAUCGUCUCUAAUGGCUUUAAAAAGAAAAGUCUAGAUCACAGUGGGGCUUUGGGAGGGCUGGUGGUUGGAUUUAUCCUAACGAUUGCAAAUUUCAGCUUUUUUACUUCUUUGCUGAUGUUUUUCCUUUCUUCUUCAAAACUCACGAAAUGGAAGGGAGAAACAAAGAAGCGUCUAGAUUCAGAAUAUAAAGAAGGAGGGCAAAGGAACUGGAUUCAGGUGUUCUGUAAUGGAGCUGUGCCCACUGAGCUGGCCCUACUAUACAUGAUAGAAAAUGGCCCCGGGGAAAUGCCAAUUGAUUUUUCUAAGCAGUACACUGCUUCCUGGAUGUGUUUAUCUCUCUUGGCUGCACUGGCCUGCUCUGCUGGAGACACCUGGGCUUCAGAAGUUGGCACAGUACUGAGUAAGAGCCCGCCAAGGCUAAUAACAACCUGGGAGAAAGUUCCAGUGGGGACCAAUGGAGGUGUUACAAUGUGGCCCAUUAUUGCAUUUGGAGGUCUAGCCGGAUUACUAGGAUCAAUUGUGGACUCAUACUUAGGGGCAACAAUGCAAUUUACUGGUUUGGAUGAAAGCACUGGCAUGGUGGUCAACAACCCUACAAAUAAGGCAAAGCACAUAGCAGGGAAACCUAUUCUUGAUAACAAUGCAGUGAAUCUGUUUUCUUCUGUUCUUAUUGCCCUCUUACUCCCAACAGCUGCGUGGGGGUUUUGGCCCAGAGAGUGAACUUUAUUUCAUUUCCACUGUCGUUGAAACUGCUGCUGUAAAUACAGAAUGCUGGCUGCAGAAAUGCAAACUCCACCUCAAUUAGAAAAAGAUCUCAUUAAGGAGAAAAAAAUGUGAAAUGGGAUGUUUUAAACUUUCUCACCUCCCUGCGGUAUGAACAGCUGCUGACUAUUAAUGCACAGUAAAUACACUAGGGCCCAGUCAUCUUAUAUUCCCGACAGUUUAUCUGAUUGGUCCCCAGUACCAAUGAGGAUGAACUGUGGAAACCACCAAAUCCCAGAUGAAUUUUAUGUGCUUUAAAAGUGAAAACACAGGACUGAGGAUGCAGCAGUGGUAGAGCACUUACUUGCUCAGCAUGCACAGAGUUCUGGGUUCAAUUCCCUGCAUUUCCAAAAAAAAAAAAAAGAAGAAGAAAACAAUUAUGCAACUUAAUUAUUUAAUCUCCUUAGGAAGUAUCUGUGGCUACAACUCCAAGUGGUCCUGAAUAUUUUAAAAAUGCAUAAGUGUUUAAUAUGUGUUUGUUGAAUUAAGUUGUUGGACUAAUCAGUGUUUCCCUUCAGAGUCUCUGAAAGUCAACCAGAAACAUAUUCCUCAAGGGAAAUAAAAAAUUUAAAAAAACAGUUUGGUUAAUUGAAUUUCUGAGGACUGUGAUGAUUCCAGCAUUGCUCAAUCAUGUGAAACUAGUAAUGGUUUUGGAACUAAUGAGUCAGGAAAUUAUUGUACAGGGAGUAAAAGAGUGGCAGAAUAGAACUCCUGAAAUUAUUCUCCCUGCCAAGACUAAAUGUCAGUUCUCUUUCAUUUACCAUAACCACCCCCUUUAAAAUUUAUUUUAUAAAUAUGGCAACUCUU